AUGCCAAUUUAUAUUCAUGGAUAUAUACAAACUGUUAGAACUACCCAAGCACAACUUCAAAUAAGUUCAUCUAGCAAUUCAUUUAAUAUUUCAGAUGAAAUUUCAGAAGAAAUUCCACAUAAU